GUAAUUCCAAAGCACAAGUUUGUCCUUGUGAAGUUCGAUACUCAAUAUCCUUAUGGCGAGAAACAGGAUGAGUUUAAAAAGCUGGCAGAGAGCUCAGGCUCCAGUGGGGAUCUUCUGGUGGCUGAGGUGGGAAUAUCAGAUUAUGGUGAUAAACUGAACACUGAGCUGGGAGAAAAGUACAAGCUGGAUAAGGAGAAGUUCCCUAUUUUUCACUUGUUCCAGGAUGGUGACUUUGACAAUCCCUUACCUUACAGUGGCCAAAUCAAGGCUGGGGCUAUUCAGCGCUGGCUGAAGAGUAAUGGCAUCUACCUGGGGAUGCCAGGCUGCCUGAAAGAGUAUGAUAUGCUGGCCAGCAAGUUUGUGAGCACCACUGAGAAAUCAGAGCGCCAGUCCCUCCUGAAAAAGGGGCAGGAGAGCUUAGAAAAGGCAAAAGAAACUGAGAAGAAGUCAGCUGAGCAAUACUUGAAAAUCAUGAGCAAGAUACUGGAGCAGGGAGAAGAGUUUGCUGCUAAUGAAGUGGUCCGAAUCACAAAACUGAUCGAGAAGAACAAAAUGAGCGAUGGGAAGAAGGAGGAACUCCAGAAAAGCCUCAAUAUCCUCGCUUCUUUCCUGAAGAAGAAUAAUGAAAAAGAUGAGCUCUAAUAUAUUGGAGAACUUUGUACAAGCUGUGAAACAAUGUCAAGAGUCCUAACCAGUUCUCCUUAUGCAAGCAAACUUCCCUCUGACUUCAAGAGAGCAGCAGAUUUCCUUCUGGUAUUUUCAGUUUAGAAGAUCAAGAGGAAGAUAUUCCUUAAAACCACAGUAUUCUAAAUGUUGGGAAAAUCACCUUAAAGCAAGACGCCAGUGUUGUGUAAUACUAUUCAGUAACAGUGUUAAAGUAGACAGCAAAAAAAGCACUAGAUUGGCUUGAAGCACAUUCCUGGUGGGUUUUGCAGCUGUUUCCUGGCAAAUUAAUAACAAAAUUUGGUCUCACAUUCCAUCUUACAUGUUGUAAAAGGUACAGAUCGGGUGCCCUUCGCAUCUCCACCUUCCCCUGUCGCUAAUGUCUGUGG